AUUACAGCAAGAAAAACGUGUUUCAGUGUUCAUUUGGGCAACUGACUUAUUUUAAGUCAAACUUGGAAAAACUGUGAACCUUGUCCUUUAAUGUCUCUGACGGAAACCAUUUUAUUUGAAUGAAAGUAAAAAUCAUUUACACGGCUCGAGUUCUCCUACGUACAUCAAAUGCACCAUAACGUUCAUGUGUGCAAGAUUUUUACCAUUUCUGAUUUUUCUGGCUCACUAACUGCAGAAAAGCAAACCAGUUCCCAUUUAAUAUGUAUCAGUGAACUUGUAAUGGAUCAUACAAUCGGUCUGUCGCUUUGUCUGUACUGUAUUUCAUGUGUUGUAGGCAUAAAAGUGUGUGGAAAUGGUUCGCGGGAGCUAAAGGUUGCUAAUGCUAUCAACAUACACGGAAAUACCUCGGAUCACGUGACAUGUUAGGAGCUGACUGCUGCUAACAGACACGUGAUAUUUUAGUGUUUGCUCGUUAAUUAGGCAACCUGCGCGUUUACGCUAAAAUAUUAGACGUUUUGGAGGCAUGGAUCACCCAGCUUGUAUUUUGGAGGAGUUGAAGCAGUUUGUCGUAGGUGACGCCCCACCGACAGUGUAUUACAUCCCAGAUUUCAUAUCAGAGGAUGAGGAGUCAUAUCUUCUGCAGCAGGUCUACAGGUCUCCAAAAACUAAAUGGACUCAGCUGUCAGGCAGGAGGCUUCAGAACUGGGGAGGGUUACCGCAUCCCAAAGGCAUGCUGGCAGAGAAGAUCCCUGACUGGCUCCAGAAGUACUGUGAGAAAAUUUCCUCUUUAGGUGCAUUCAGUGGGAAAUCAGCCAAUCAUGUGUUGGUGAAUGAGUAUAAAGAAGGAGAGGGGAUUAUGCCACAUGAGGAUGGCCCUCUGUACCACCCUACGGUCACCACUAUCAGCCUGGGCUCUCACACCCUCUUGGACUUCUACACACCUGUCAGCAGCCUGGACGAUGAUGAUGAUGAUGCUGAUGAUGCUCCGCUGACAGAGGAGAACCGCUACCUGCUUUCCCUGCUGGUGAGGCCGCGCAGUCUUCUGAUACUGCAGGAUGAAAUGUACCAACGUCUCCUUCAUGGCAUCAAGGCCUGCACCCAGGACACUCUGACGGACAAGGUGCUGAACCUGGCUGCCGCCGGCGGCGCCCUACCGGGGGAGACACUGACCCGAGGAACCAGAGUGUCACUGACCAUUCGGCAUGUGCCUAAAGUGAUGAAGACAAAGCUUAUCCUGGGACGGAGAUGAAGAGAGACUGCAGGAAACAACUGUCACCAAUAUCAUGAAGCAUAAAAUGGGCUGCUUUAUGAAUUAUAUUUCAUGUCUUUAUUAAUUGGAUCCAGAGCUGCAACAGUUAGUCGAUUAAUCGAUUAGUUGCCAACUAUUAAAUUAAUUGCCAACUAUUUUGAUAAU